GUACUCGCUGUUGUCUCUGGUGAAUAGCUGUGGUAUCCGACCCGUGUUCGAGAAGAUGCACGCGAAUUUCUGGCGAUUAUAUAAACGGAAAGCACACGUUCACCACUACACCGAGUACAUGGAUCAAGACGUGUUUGAAGAAGCACGCCACACUUUACGUUUCAUGAUGGACGAUUAUACGGAGGAAAAGUAUACCGACUCUUCGGUUCGCGCUGAAGCCAUUCAGAAUACCACUCUUAAAGGGAUUCGGAGAGAGUUCGCAUUUGGACGAUUAUUGCCACGCAUGCUCGUAUAG